AUGAAUCAACGAUUAAUUUUAGAAAUCUCCAAUGAUUUAAUUAUUCCGAGCCAAUCUUUUAAACCAAAAGUGACCAAUAAAAAGAAUUAUGGCCGGUUAGUCAAGAGAUUAAAACAUAAAUUUCGAUUGAACAAUAUUAUUCUUCAAAAAACUGAUAAAUCGAAGGUAUUUCAUUUGGGUAAAUUAGAAGAUUAUCGGAAGAAAUCUAAAGAAUAUAUGGAUAAAACUCGAGCUUAUCAAUGCCUCGGUACAAGUGAUCCCUUACCUGAUCUAAUUCAGCGAACAAAUAAAUAUCUGCUAGAUUUAAGAUUAGCGAAAUGGAUCACUCAGAAACAAUAUGAAUUACUCUGCGUAAAUCAAAGUGAAGCCGAAUUGGCACAUUUAUAUUAUCUUCCGAAAGCGCAUAAAUUAGGAACUCCUCUACGACCUAUCAUUUCUGGUCUUCGCCAUCCCACAAUUAAAAUCUCAAAAUUUCUCGAUGACCUUUUAAGACCAUUGUUUAAUGAAAUGGCAAAACAAACAACAAUUGAAUCCGGUUUCGAAUUAGCCGCACAACUAGAUCGAUGGUCUCAAAGGAGAUCGACAAAAGAAACAUUAUUUUGUACAAUAGAUGUGACAGACCUUUAUACAAUGAUUCCUCAAAUCGAAGGUGUUCUUGCUCUAAAGAAAAUGCUCGAUUACUUAAAAAUGAAACAAGUUCAAGGAUUAAAAGUAGAAACUAUUAUAUGUCUUAGUCGAUUCGUGAUGCAGAACAAUUAUUUCUCCUUCGAUGGACAAUAUUAUCACCAGAUACGAGGCGGAGCAAUUGGAUCCCCACUGACACUGACAAUAGCCAAUUGCUAUAUGUUUUUCUUUGAACAACAAAUUGUCAAACAAACGAAUAAUAGUGGUGGCCUUUACCUCAGAUAUAUAGACGAUCUAUUCAUCGCCAUCAACUGGCCUGAACGUCAUCUCCUGAAACAAAUUGAAAUAUGGAAUCAAAUGGAUGAAAAUAUAAAAUUAAAAGCUCACAUCGGUCACUCAGCCAAUUUUCUAGAUUUAUAUAAGGAAAACCACGAUGGAACGUUAACCACUCGUGUCUUUCAUAAACCCUCCUAUGAACCAUAUUAUCUACCAUUCCACAGUAUCCAUCCAAUGCAUAUGAAAAAGAAUAUUCCAUACGCAAUGUUCCUUCGUGCAAUUAGAUAUUGUUCUUCAUUUCAAUUAUUUAUCAAUGAGCGAGAGAAUUUACGGAUGGCUUUACUGUUGAACAAGUAUCCAGAUGACUUAAUUCGAAAACAAUUCCAAUUGGUGUUAGACAAUUAUAAAAUUAGUCAGACAAUAACCUCGCAAAAUUACAUCAAUAUUCGCUCAACAAUCAUUUCAGUUUCAUACCCAGAGAAAUUACCAGUCGAUUUUGAGAACAAUAUAUUUAUUCAUUCUACUUAUUGUUCCAACAUGCGGACAUUUCCUAUCCGGUUCCACGCAUUAUGGAGGAAAUAUUUCUCUGCUUCUCCUAUUAGUGAUCUUAGUCCAAUACUUGGAACACGCAAUGUCGGGAACCUACAGCAUCGAUUGAUUCACACUAGAAAUCUAAACCGAGCCUGUUAAUUUGAACCACUACAAGUUCUACAUACGCAUCGAGCCCUCUUGAUCAUUUCCUCUCCCGUUUUCUUUCCUAAACUUUUCUCAGAAAUUUAUAUCUUCUAUCUCUUUCAUCUAAAACAUUUUCCUUUGUAAUGCAGUGCCCUGAUGAGUGUUUUCUAAAUUAAAAUAAAUAAACACGAAACGCGUCGGCAAAUUGGAAAUACUGCAUUACAAUCUUUUAUUAUCUGAAUUAAUUGAACUUCUUCGAUAGAUAGAUCGAUUGCUGAUAAAGCAAGAGUUGAGACUCAGCAGAUUAAUUUGUAUUCUUCCUGGAUAUAGGUUGAUCUGUUUAUCGAUCGAAAUAGAUUAUUCCAAUAGAAACCUUUUUAGAUUUUUGUGUACUCAAAAAGUGAGUACACUCUAAAAUCGGUUAGUGUGUCCGGCCGUCCGGCCGUUUAUCCGAUAACUUUUGAACGACGCGUCCGAUCGUCUUGAAAUUUUGUACACGCCUCUAUCCCAUCAAUAUCUCGGUCGAGUUCGAAGAUGAGCCAAAUCGGUUCAGAGCUUCAUGAUUUUCGACGAGCAGUAUCUUAGUUUUCUAUGAAUUUCUAGGGAAAUAUUGAUCCAUGAGAAUUUUGGUCAACAAAAUAUUUUUAUCCUUAGAAUGAAACCUUUACUAUUAUAUGUCAUUCGAUAGAGGAUUGGGGAGGCUACUGAAUGGUACUAAAUUCCGAGGAUGACUAUGCUCCGUUCAAGUGCUUCAUCUCUAUGGGACUUUUCGCGAAGCAUGAAAAUCCUAUAUGAUUAGGCUCAGUAUUCAACGAAGAAAUUUCCCGAAAUUUCCAAGCGCUUUUCGAUUACGAAUUUGUAUAGUUGAUGGGAAGUAGUGAGUGGUUAGAAAUUCUAAAUUGUAUCAGUUGGUUAAGGCCCUCUAGCACAAGAAUGCGAGUAUCAAUCCUUUGUAUUAUUAUACGCUCUCCACUGGAUGUAUAUUAUGUUGAGAGAAUGUUCGAUGAUCCUUUUCUUUUCUUAUCAUUUUACUUUUGGGUAAGUACUUUUUGGUCAUUCUAGCUAAGUUUUAAGAUGGAGACAAUCCUACUCGAAUGUGUGAAUUCCUCUAAUCCAAUUCUUCGUCACUAGGCAGCCUAUUUUACGAUUUCUCUAAAAGAAAACGGAAAAUCUACUUCUCAAAUGAUUCCACCCUUUAUGUCCUCGAUGAUCAUUCUGAUUGAGAAAAUCUGAAACUGUCGUUGAUAGCCUCAGUGAAUUCUAUUUCAUAAACUAUAAUAUAGGGUCUUGCAACGAUAACGGACGCAUUUAUUCUGUCUCUAUGUAACGCCGAUUUGAAUCUAUUCUUUUGAACUUGAAAAGCAGCGGAAACUUUUCUAUUAUUAUCAAUAUUAAUAUUUUCGAUAUAAGAAUAUUCUCUACGCCUGUAAGAAUCUUUUCUUUUUCAAUGCAAUCGAUCGUCUAUAUUGACCCUCCUUCCAUUAAGCCUCUCGAUGGUCAUUCAUUUUCCUUAAUUUUUUCAACUAGAUUUGUUGAUCGAAUAGAAGACAAGUCCAAAAAGAUAGAUCACGAAUCGCAUACUAUUUUUUGUAAAAAUCGAUCCAUAAAAGAGUGUUGAAGUGUUAAAUGGUAAAAACUUUGACCCGUCCGACCGUUUCCACACACCGUGACCGACAUAAGUAGAAAUCAUGAAAGAUCGUGACAGAAAAGACUAGUAAGCAUCAUAGAAGGUGACAUGCAGAAAUAAUGAAAGUAACAGAUCGUGACAGAUUUGGAUGGAAACAGCUGAUGUUCAGUUUCCGAUCGCAUUUUGAUCGGGUACUGAAGAUGCUUAUGAAAAUGAUCUAAGGUUUAGUUCUAUGCAGACGGUAUGCAUGAAAGAUCCACAAAAAAACUGAUUGUAAUAGAGGGAUUGGGUCUGGCUCACUUGG